AUGCCGCGCCGCUCCUACAGAGAGCACCGCGCAAGGCGCUCCGCACAGCAGAUUCGUGACGACGAUUCGGUAGCUUCGUACUCGACAUUAGGAAGCUACACCGCCUACACUGGAUCGGUUGCCGGAAGCUACGCUGGCUCUGCGGCUCCCGGCACAGCUGCUAGCAGCGGACACCGCCCACGAACCAGCUCAACCGCUCGUGAGCUGUCCGAACUCGAACUCCGGUCCCGUCUAUCCCCUCCCCCGGCGCGAAGUGCCUCGCCUCACGUCCGCAGCCUUUCGCCGAGUCUCGAUGGUUCCAUCCUCCGCAGCAGGUCACCUGGCUUAGGAGAAAGCGCACUGUCGCCGCGGCUCUCGCCUUCGAUCAGCGGUCUGUCUUCGGUUUCAGAACUGCCAGGGAAGGAACAGAUCGGCUUCCCCAGUGGACCAGAAAGACUGUCCUCCAACUUCAGCCUGGGAAGCAGCUCCGACUCGAUGCGGGAACGUGCACCGGCGACCGCCUCGGUCCUGCUCGACGGCAAGCCGCUGCCGGCUGAGCACACAAACGGAACCGCCAACGCUGAGAAGGAGAAGAAGCUUGAGAAGAGGAGAGUAGAGGAUGAAAAGCGCCGCAAGAGGGCGCGCAAUGAGGAGAAGUGGAGGAAGGUGAGAGCGCGCGAGGCGGCUCACGACGCCCCGAUCCGACGAUGGGCGCGCUUCGUCCAGAACCGGGUAGGCACAAAGGGUGCCGUCCUCCUCGCGGUCCUCGGGUGCUGGGGUAUCCGCAUUCUGCUGGCGUGGGCCAGUCUUUCCUUCGCUCCUCUGUGUCGUGCCGCUCUGCAUUACCCGACCCAGGCGUUAUCAAUCGCUCAUUUGUCCGUCGAGUCUGUGCUUUGGUCAGCCAGUGUAGCCUGGGCCAUGUGCGAGGGCUGGCGCGAGGGCCGAACGCUGCGGACACGUGUCGGUGCCAUUGUUUAUCUCGUGCUGUCUCCCGCACCGGUUCUCAGCAGUCUGCUGCUUCAGUGGGUACAAGCUUCGUGCCUUGUGUGGGAGAAACUGACACCCAGGGCUCGCACCGUCCCUCUCGGAGUCAUUGCCUGGGCUCUCCUCGCUGCCAGUUCCGGCUGGGAUGCCGCGUGCGCCGCUCUGCUCGUUGUUGCGGUCACCCUUGACUCGCGCAUGUGGGCCUACGUCCCAAGCUUCCUCACGUAUGCGGUUGGCAAGUGGAUCUGGCUCGGCAAGCGUGGCAAGGGCUACUUCCCUCGCCUCCUCGUCGCCGUCGGCUUUGCAUGGACCGUACUCGGCUCGGCCAGCAGCUCGCCUCUGCGCGUGCAAGUUGGGCACGUUGUACAGGUUCUCGUCUCGCUGCUGACGAAGGACGGUCUGGUGGCUCUCGGCGAGAAGCUCAGCGAGGUUUUCUCCCUGUACACGCUGUGGAUCGUCGCUGCGCUCGCUCCGUCGGCGUACCUCCUCCUGCGAGCGAGCCACGUCCUGCGCCCCUCGCCUGGCGAACCGGCUACGCACGACAGCAUCCCCGCUACUGUGCGCCUGCUCCCCAUUGCGCUGACGGCGACUACGGCUGCCAUCGCUAUCAGCCUCCCUGCGACCAGCCGCGUAGCAGACACGGCGCUGCCACUCCUGCCUCUCGCGCUGGCCUCUUCGCUCCGAGGCGAUGACGACGAGUGGGCUGUUGCUGUGCAGGCCGCGCAGGUCGCCAACAUUGCGAUGUGGCCCGCGCUGGCCAAGUUCGGCCUUCUCCCACUCACGGUCUGGGCGAUCGGAUGGUCGUACGUUGUCGGAGCGAAGCGCGACGCGCCCGACCCAAUUCUCCGCAUUCACCAAAUGAUCACGACGUUCCUAACGACGCUGGCGCCGUUCAUGCCGCUCCUCGCACCCUUUGUGCCCGACACGACGAUGGGAUACCUCAAGUACGCGCAGGAGGGCUUCAUCGUUGCGUCUCUCGGUCUCUUGAUUCUGUGGGCCAACAUCCGGCUGCUGAAGAGCGCGUGGGCGAUUGGCGCUCUGUAA